CCUUAUCCCUACUCCAUCCACCAUGCCAUUGCAUAAGGGGAAAGUUUCUACACCGCCUGGGACCAACCAAUUAUGUUCUCUAGCUUCUGGUAGUCCAUUGUUGUAUGCUCAUGAAAAACUACAACAUAGCGGAUCAAUCACAAAUUUAAUUUAUGGUGUGACUCAAUGCGCUCGGGACAUCUCCGAAGAAACUAGCAAGAAGUGUCUUGGUGCAAUGAGUGAACUUAGAUCAAAGUUGUGGAAGCUAGUAGAUAAACAUCUAAUGUGGCCAAAUCACAUCCCACACAUGGGACCCUCCAUAACGAGUAACAAAGCCAGCAACCUCAUGUGCUGCAUUAUUCCCUCUAUGAGAUGUAAACGAAAAGUUCACCAUCUCCAGUUGUUGAGCAAGCUUUCGAAUGUCAAGGACAAUGCCCUCCAAGGUGACAUCAAGUGCCGUAUCCCCGUUGAUCAUGCGAAUAAGUCCCUCAGAGUCCGAUUCCAGUUCCACUUUCCUGUACUAUCUAUCGACCAUGGAAUUCCAGCAACCAUAUAUGGUGAGAGUUAAACCAUAUAUUAUAGAACGACGAUUUAGCUGCAUUUAUCCAACCAAGAAGU